UCGGCACUUGCAGCCGCUUCCACCCGCCUGCGGCACAGACACUCGUCCGUCUGGCAGUCCUCCGCACUCAGCGGCCUCCGACCGCCACUGCUGCCACCACCUGAGACUCACACACCAGCCGCCCCCGCCAAUCUCUCUCGCUCUCUCGUCAUGCGGCCCGGCCUCCACGUGCUCCUGCUGCUCUUCGCCUGCGCCACCCUUCAGGCCGAGUCGGCGGACCUGAAGACUGACAUGACCUUGCAGCCCACGGCGUCCGACUCGGCGACUGCGACCUCUUGCAGCUUCGGCGGACGCGACUACAGCGUGGGCAGCACUUGGCACCCCCGGCUCGAGCGCCAGGACAUGGUCUACUGCGUCACAUGCAAAUGCAUGCCGGGUCCAAACAGUACCUGCUCUAGUCAGGAAUGCCCUGUGGAGUGCAACGAUCCAGAAAACCAGUACUGCUGUCAAAUGUGUGAAGCCAACAGCAAGAAGAUCGCCAACAACAACCGUUUGAGCACCGCCGCCUCAUGUCUGCACGGAGGGCAGCAGUACCGCGAGGGCCAGAAGUUCAGGUCGAACCAGACGGUGCUGAAGGCCAACGGAACCAACCAGUGCGUGUUGUGCAAGUGCGAGGGCGGGGUUGUCGAGUGCAAUAUCGUCCAGUGCGCACAACCGGCGUGCAGCCAGCCAAUUGUCACAUCUGAUAGCUGCUGUCCCAUUUGUCCACCCACAGUUCCCAGCGAGGCCGUGACCCCCCGAUCCAGUUACAAGGUCCCCCUGCCGGUGUGGGUGAAUGGACAGAAGAUCAAGCGCGGCCAGAGCUGCGUCCUGGAAGACAAGCAAUAUAUGAACGAGGAGAAGUGGCACCCGAACAUGGGCCCGUUCGGCCCCAUGUACUGCGUCACCUGUCAGUGCAAGGGCGGUCGCAUCGAGUGCUCACGCUCUUGUCCCGACCCGGCGCUGCUGCAGUGCAACCAGCCCGUCCGCAUUCCGGGACAAUGUUGCGAGAGCUGCCCGCCCAGCGCUUUGAUGCCGGCGUCGCCUCCGCAACAACAAAAGACUGAUGCUGCAAAGCAACUCCACCAGCUGAACGUGUGUCUGCCUCCGGGCACCGACACCCUCGUCUACCACUCUAGGCAGCAGACGACCAAGGGCGACGAAACGGUGGAAAUGAUCAGGUUCGCCUUUUCCAACUUGAAGAUCGUCAACCUUUACACCUGGCAACUGCAGAAGGGAGUUAAACCAUUCCUCAAGAUCAAUACCAUUCUGCACCGAGACUUCCAAAACACAAACUUUCAGAACCAGCUCACCACCCUCGGAGCCACCUCGAAUAAAAAUUUGGAACGCUUCAUAUCUAGAGAGAGGACGAUUGAUCGGCGGUGCAAGACCAACUGCGCUGCAAAAAUCAAACGUUCCAUUCAACUCCUGCAUACCACCCCUGUCGCCCGUCGGCACACAUGUCUACCAGAGGAGAUCAAAGUUUAGUGCUGAUGUCAGUUUUUAAAAAGAGAGAAAUCAAGAAGGAUAUAAUAAUAAUUCAACAUUUGAGAUCGAUUGUGUCACUGCCAAAUUAGCAGCUCAAACCAAAUGCCUCAUGUCAGUUAUUUAAGCAGUCCGACAUUUGUAAAAGAAUGCAAAUUUUGUAUAUUUGCUGAUUUGAUUCAUUCGAUAAUACGAUACGGUUCUUGUUCGCAUCUCUAGGCCGCCGCAAAAUUGCCUUUUGUUUUUUUCCGAAGAUGUCUCGUUAGGUCCGUACGAUAUUGUGGUUUUGAAAUGCCAUCAGUGUAAUUUUAGAUUUGUACAUUUUAAUAUUUUCAUACGAAAUAAGUACCGCAAUAUAGACAGUUGAUGAGGUAUUUGCCACUAACCUUAUGUUGAGCACUCUCACAAACACAAAUCACUCAGUCCCCUAAUCGCAGCAGGAUUUAAUCAACCCCAGUCGUCCUUUGAGAAAAAAAAUAAUAUGUAAUUCUAGGCCGAGUCUUCGUCGUCAUCCGCGUGGAGCUGAAACAUUAAAAGCAAAUAAAU